GCGUCCAGCGGCGGGGCAGCCGAGGGUGCUGGGAGAGAGGGCAAGACAGGGGCCGCAGAGGAUGCUGGGAGUGAGGGCAAGGCAGCAGAGGAUUCUGGGAGAGAAGGCAAGACAGGGGCAGCAGAGGAUGCUGGGAGUGAGGGCAAGGCAAGGGUAGUAGAGGCUGUUGACAAGGAGGCUACGGCAGAGGCAGUGGAGGCUGCUGGGAAUGGUGCCAAGGCUGCAGCAACAAAGGAUGAUGGGAGUGACUCCAAGGGAGCAAAAGAUGCUGGGAAUGAGGGAAAGGCCAAGGCAGUAGAGGCUGCCAGGGGCGAAGCCAAGGCCGCGGCAGCAAAAGAUGCAGGGAGUGAUGCCAAGGCCGAGGCAGCAAAGGACGCUGGGAGUGAGGCCACGGAAGCAGAGGAUGCUGGGAGUGAUGCCAAGGCCGAGGCAGCGGAGGCUGUGGGCUGCGAGGCGGAGGCCAGGGCGAGUGGGGAGGCCGGGGUGGGGGCAGCGCAGGGCGCUGGGGGGGCGGGUGAGGGCGCAGCAGUGCUGGCGGAGCAGGCCAGUGCGCCGGUGCCCGGGCAGGUGGUGGAGACCCGCGCAGGCCAGCAGGCCCGGCAGGAGCCCGCAUGGCUGCAGGACGAGGACGACGAGCUCUGGCCCGAGUUCCCCCCCGGCUCGCCCACGGGGGGGCCCGCCAGCCCCACCUCCCCCGUGUCCCCCACGAGCCCCGUGUCCCCCACGUCUCCCACAUCCCCAACGGCGCCGGUGGCUCCUGCAGCCCGCACUGCUGGCACCAUCGCGGGCUCGAGGAGGGCAGCUGAGGUGGCACCAGGGCACCGGGCCGGGCCGCGGGUGCCAGGAGGCACCCGAGCGCAGGGGCGCAGCGCCAUCCUGGAGAAGUUUGGAGGGGCAGCCACAGGCCCUGCCCCCCACCUGAAGCGCACAGGGGGUGCCAACACGGUGAAGGCCAUGCUGCUGGAGUGGUGCCGUGCCAGGACCCGCAGCUACGAGCACGUCGACAUCCAGAACUUUUCGGGGAGCUGGGGCACGGGCCUGGCCUUCUGUGCCCUCAUCCACAGCUUCUUCCCCGACGCCUUUGACUACGCCAGCCUGGCGCCCCACAACCGCCGCGAGAACUUCACCCUGGCCUUCACCACUGCACAGGAGCGGGCCGACUGCGCCCCGCUGCUGGAGGUGGACGACAUGGUGAGGCUGAAGGUGCCCGAUGCCAAGUGCGUUUACACCUACGUGCAGGAGCUCUACCGCAGCCUUGUGGCCAAGGGGCUGGUGAAGACCAAGAAGCGCUGAUGGGGGGAGGGGGGAGGCUUCCAGUGUUCCCACCGACACCCUGGACUGGCCAGUGGUGGGCGCCCCCCACCUCAGUGCCCUUCG